CAUAUAAAACACAUCAGAGGGAAACAAGGGAACUGGAACCUAAGUACGUCCCUGAAACUGUAGAAGUAACUAGGAAAGCUGAUGAGCCCAAGUUAGAUUCACUUGAAUGAUACAUUAAACAUACCAUAUAUUAUAGCAAGAUGAGUAAAGAAUCAAAGAUGACUAUGGAAGUGUACAACGCAGUGUUACUUACAGCAGGAGCAGUUGGUAUAUCAAUGGCAUCAAAGAAACUAUUGAAAGAACCAUUAGGUACCCCAGAAAAUGUAAAAGGAAUGGCGAAGUUAGCUGUCUCAGUUAGUCUUUCAUCUCUACUGGUCUCUUACUUGAAAGAAAAGAAGUAUCUACCAGAUGAUCCAUUCAAAACCUAGGUAAGACUAUAUAAUGGCGGGAGCAGUAGCAGGAGGACUUUUUAAUGCAUUUGCAGGAGCAGGAUACCUAUUUAAAAUGUUUGACAACAAUGGAUAUGCUAAGGAAGCUCAUAGACAUAACCUUGCAAUGGAGAACCUAACAGCUGAAAGAGAGAAGUACCUUGAGGAAGUCACUGAUAGAAGAAAUAGAAUUGCCCAACUGAAGUCAGAACUAGCUGAGGCAAAUAAGGAUAUUAAUUCAACGAACAAGUCGCUGGAACUCGUUAGAAGAAUCAAUGAGUUAACACAUAAGCCCAUGCCAAGAAUGCCACAAUUAAGUAAUCACUACAAACCUAGCUCUGAAAUGGAAGAAUAUAUGGCAAUCUUUGGUUUAAUUACAGGUGGGGUGGUUGGAAGGGCAGCUUAUUUAAUGCUAUAAAAAAUGCCACAAAAAUUUUCACAUAUAUAGUAUAGGGAAAUGGAAUGGUUACAGAUGGCAACACCUGAGGAGAUAGCACAUGUAGGUAAAAGGGUAAAUACACUGGAAGAGUUAGAGGCUGCUGUGAGGAAGCACGCAGAGAGCAGAAUAAAGAGAGAACACACAUAUGAUCCAAUAUGUAGUGAAUGUGGGAGUAAGUCUAUAGUAAUGAUAGAUGGAGCAGAUACAUGCACACAGUGUGGUGCUAGUGAUAUGAAUAACUUCACAUACUACGUUAGUUACAACUACAACAAGGACGACUACCUGAAAAAGAAGUCUUGUCAUAAUAGAGUCCGUUGGUUUGAGAGACACUUAUUCGAACAUGUUGCUUCUAGGGAUAGGGACAUAUAAGGGAGCAGUUUAGAAGCAUAGUAAGAUGUAUACAAAGACUUAGACUGCAAAGGGGGCGCAACAUAGUUAGAUACAAGUUUUACCUACUGAGGAUAGCCAGCAUGAACGGCAUCACCUUGAGGAACCCUCCCGAGGACAUCAAGACUCAAAAAAUUGUGGACAUCCUUGAGGAUAGGUUGUAUGGGAAAGUUUUUGUUGAGCUUGGAUGGAAACCUGAGAAUUGUAAAUAUUAUAAUAACUGGAAAAUAAAAUUAAAUGGUUAAUUAAAAUAAUAAAAUUAAAUGUUUAAUUAAAAAUAAUUACUAAUUAAUAUUUAAUUAAAUAUUAAAAAUAAUAAAAUUAAUUUUAAUGAAAUAAAUAAAUUGGAGUAUUUAAUUGGUAGUAAAUUAUUAAUUAAAUACUCCAAUUUUUUUUUACACAUAUAGUAUAUAGGAACAGUUGAAAAAUAUGGCGAGUUAUUUUGAUAUGAACGAAUUCAGCGUAGAACAACUUAUGGCUCUCAAUAGUAUCAUAGAUAGUGAUGAUGAUAUGGAAACGAGGGUGGAGAACAUCAUGGCUGACAAAAACUACAGGAUUGCACCUGAUGACAAGGGCAAAAGUCCCUUUGAAGGAGAAAGACAAUUCAUAGACGAAAGACGAAGCAGACCGUUCAACUGAUCCAAAGAAACCUAGACGUCUUCCCUUAAACUAUAAGGGAAGAAGAGGAAUUAUGCCUACAUGGAAAUACUCUGACAGGCAAAAGGCAAAGGCCUUACUUGUUGAGGAGGCAUACCAAAGUUUACUGUCUAAGGGUGUUCAAGGAUUACCACCAGCGAUGGGAGGUAGAUGGCGCACGGAUGAUCCUCAAGUAAAUGAGGAAAUCAAGAGGAUUGAAAAUGAAAGGAACCCUAAGAUCAAGCGUCCUAGAGGUAGACCACCAAAGGUAAAGUCUGAUGCUGAAGUGAAGAUUCCUAAAAAGAGAGGUAGACCACCAAAGGCAAAGUUCGAUGCUGAAGUGAAGAUUCCUAAAAAGAGAGGUAGACCACCAAAGGCAAAGUCCGACGUCAAGGCCAAAAGGCAAACUGUAGCAGAAAGAUUCCUGAGCCAGAGGAAGGUAAAACUCUCAGUACCUGCAGAUAGUGUCAUAACUCCAACAGGUCCAGGUAAGUUCACAAUUCACGUGGAUCUUAAUAAGAGACCUGUGAGGAAAGCUCCUGAGGUGCCUAAGGGUGUAGCUCCAUGGAGACCUGUACCUAAGCCUAGAACGGUACUUCCCAGGGAAAGACCUGUACCGAAACCUAGGACUAAGCUUCCUAGGGAAAGACCUGUACCAAAACCCAGGACCAGGAAACUAGUGUCUCCUCCUAAGUUACGUAAGCCUGUAAGAGUGUCGAGGGAAGUUAAGGAGCAGCCUAUAGUGGUUACACCAGAGGAACAUGAAAUAGAUCCAUUUGGAACAGACCUCGAAAAGCCAUUCCACAGGAAAAUCGAAACAGCCGCAAAUGGAGCCGCUGUGACUUACUCGAUAACUCCUCAUUAUAUGGACCCUCUGGACCAGAUGACUGCAAGUAGACAGGUAGUGAGAGGAAUACUUGUGAAUGAGUUGAAGAGAAUGGGUGGGUUAAAGUACACGGAGACUAUAAAGGUGAGAAUGUCAAAGGAAAUUGGCGACAGUAAAACCAAGAAGGACUCGGUCUACUUCAAAUCUAAAACUGGCACUGCAACUAACUUCGAGGAUAUUGAAAGUACUGCUGCUCAAAAUCAACUAACAAUAUUGUCUAGAAUUGAAACAUUCCAAAACUUAGGUUCAAAUUGGAUUAUACUCAAUAUUGAGAGUCACUACGUAAACAUUGCAAUGUACAAACCGUUGAAGGGAAGUUCGUAUAUAAAACUUCCAGUGGACAUUAGUAAUCCAAAGUGUGGGCUAAUCAAUAUGAAGAACAAUGACAACCUAUGUUUCCUGUGGAGUCAUGUAAGACAUCUGAGACCAAAAGUCAGGAGAGCAACCACUAUCACACAAAAAGACAGGGAUUUCAUACCGAACCUGGACUACAAGGGUAUUGACUUCCCUGUGAAGAUAAGUGACAUCAACAAAAUUGAGAGGAAAAACAGUAUAAACAUAUCCGUGUUUGGUUACAGUGGUAAGAAACAGUUCUACCCCAUAAGAAACUCCAAGGCUAAAUAUGACGAGCAUAUGGAGCUUCUACUACUAGGUGAUAGCGAAGGUAACAAUCAUUAUGUUCUCAUAAAGGAUAUUAAUAGAAUGUUGCACAGCGUAAGUAAACACGAACAUAAACAACACUUCUGCUUACACUGUCUUCAUAGUUGUGUGAGUAAAGAGGCACUGGAGAAGCAUAAGGAGACAUGUCUGGAGGUAAAUGGAACUCAGGCUGUAAAGCUUCCCAAGGAAGGGACAAAAAUCAAGUUCAAAAAUCAUAGGAACUCAAUGCCUGUGCCGUUUGUGAUAUACGCUGAUUUUGAGUCCAUACUAGUACCAGAGGAGAGAAAAGUGGAGUUAGAAAACCCUGAGGACAAAAGUAGUACAGACCUUUACCAGACACACAAGGCUUGUAGUUUUGGUUUGAAGACUGUCUGCCACUAUGAUGAUAAGUACUCCGGUGAGUAUAAGAGUUACGUUGGAGAGGAUGCUGCAUUGGUAUUCCUAAAGACUGUAUUGAAAGAGUCCUUCAGAUGUAGAGAGAUGGUCAACAAUAUAUUCAAGAAAAAGAUGGUAAUUACACCCAAACAGGAAUUCGAAUUUCAAGCUGCAAGAAACUGCUCAAUAUGUGGUAACGAUCUUGGUGAGGAUAGAGUAAGAGACCAUGAUCAUGUAACUGGACUGUAUCGUGGAGCCGCUCACAAUAUAUGUAAUCUGAAAUACAGAAUUACAUGGAAAGUACCUGUUGUCUUCCACAACCUGAGAGGUUACGAUAGUCAUCUGAUUAUGCAGGAAAUUGGUAAGUUCAAGAUGGACGUCAACGUGAUUCCAAAUAAUAUGAAAAAAUACAUCUCAUUCUCACUGGGUAAAAAUCUUGUCUUCAUAGACUCUAUACAGUUCAUGGCUUCUUCAUUGGAAGCACUGGUGAGUAACCUUUUACCUGAGGACUUUAGGAUAGUAGGUGAGAGGUGGAAAGGUGAGGACUUCAACCUAGUGACACAAAAAGGAGUGUUCCCAUAUGAGUUCCUCGAUGAUAUCAGCAAACUUGAUACCGAAGGUCUACCGAGUAAGGAUAAGUUCUACUCAUCACUGUACGAGUCAGAGGUGAAGGAAGAAGAUUACCAGAGAGCUCAGAAAGUAUGGGAUCACUUCAAGAUGAAAACCAUGAGAGACUACCACGAUCUCUACCUGGAGACUGACGUUCUCCUGUUGGCUGAUGUGUUUGAAAACUUUAGGAGAACAUGCUUGGAAAAUUACGAACUUGACCCUGCACAUUACAUGUCAGCACCUAGUCUAAGUUGGGACGCUUUUCUAAAACAGUCAGGUGAAGAAAUAGAGCUUGUAAGUGAUAUGGAUAUGUUUCAGUUCUUCGAGAAGGGUAUGAGAGGUGGUACAAGUUAUAUUGCUCACAGACACUCCACAGCUAAUAAUAAGUACAUGGAGACGUACGAUAAGUCAUCUGAGAACAAGUACUUAAUGUACCUCGAUGCUAAUAAUUUAUAUGGCUGGGCAAUGUCACAACCACUACCUAACGGAGAGUUUGAGUGGGUUGAGGAAGUUGAUGGUAUGAAUCUGGAUGAUUACCUAGAGGACAGCGAAAGAGGGAUGGUUCUAGAGGUCGACCUGGAAUAUCCACAAGAACUUCACGAUCUACAUAACGGUUAUCCUCUAGCACCGGAGAGUAAGGAAAUCAGUGCUUCUAUGUUGUCAGAUUAUCUAAAAAGUAUUGCUGAGAAAUUCCAACUGAAAAUUGGAGGAGUAAGAAAACUAGUAACUUCACUUGGUCCAAGGAAAAAUUACGUCUUACAUAUACGUAAUCUGAAACUGUACACAGACCUUGGGAUGAAACUCACAAAGGUCCACAGAGCAGUUACAUUCAAACAGUCUCCCUGGCUUAAAAACUAUAUGGACUUCAAUACGAAGAAAAGGUCUGCGGCUCGUAACACGUUCGAAAAGAACUUCUUCAAGUUGAUGAAUAAUUCGAUCUACGGAAAGACUAUGGAAAAUCUUAGGAAAAGGGUUGAUGUUAAAUUAGUGUCCUCCGAAGAUGACCUCCUAAAACUGACAUCAUCACCGUGCUUCCAGUCACAUAGAAUUAUGAAUGAGAACCUUAUAGUGGUAAAGCGAAUGAAAGAAGUUCUAACGCUAAAUAAGCCGUGUUAUGUAGGAAUGAGCAUCCUAGACUUAUCCAAGACUUUAAUGUAUGAUUUCCACUACAACACCAUCAAGAAGGAGUACGGUGACAGGUCAAGGCUACUGUUCACUGAUACCGACAGUCUAAUGUAUGAACUGAAGACGGAUGAUGUUUACGAGGACUUCAAGAGAAUAGGUGAAGAGAAAAACUGCUGGGAUAAUUCAGAUUACCCAAAAGAUUCUCCGUACUACUCAGCUCAUAAUAAGAAGGUCAUAGGUAAGUUUAAGGAUGAGGCUGAGGGAGUACCCGUAAUUGAGUUUGUCGGGUUGAGGUCAAAGAUGUACUCCUAUGUAAAGGAAAACGGUGGAGGUGGAAUGACUGCCAAAGGAGUUAAAAAGUAUGUCAUCAGAAACAAGCUCACUCACGAGAACUUCAAGAAUGUAAUAAAUACGAAAUGUAGGAUGAGACACAAUAUGAACACAAUCAGAAGUGUGAAACAUAAAAUUGGAACCUACGAAUUGAAGAAGAUCACUCUUAGUUGUUUCGACGAUAAAAGAUACCUACUUGAGGAUGGAGUUACAAGUUACGCUUACGGACACCACGCAACUGGAAGAGUAGAGCCUGAAACUAUCAGUGUACCAGUAAUAGUGGAGGAGUAUAUCCCCAGACCACCACCUAAGGUUGUGAUUCCAGCUAAGAGGUGGAAGUUCAAGAAACUCCAACCGCUAAGAAAAAUUGUACCAGAAAUUAAUCACAUAAGAAACAACCUGGAUAUCCUACCUGGGGAAUCUAAGGAGGACCUGAAAGUUCUAAUGGGUCUAAAAGCACGAUCGUUGGGUGUGUCACUUGUGAGGAGCAGUGCGGAGGGUGGACGUGGCGUAGUAAUUGUUGGGUACUAAAAAUCUGUAAAGUCCCGAGGAAUAAAUUAAGUAUAUAAAUCUAAAAUUAAUUCGGUUAAAAACUGGUGGUCUAGAAAGUUCACGAAAACGCGAACGAAAAACUAGUGGUCUAGAACCGGCAGUUCCUAUACUACUAGUAUGGCAAACUGAUGAUCCCUGUUGACUGUAUGUAAUUGUAUAUUCAUCAUGUUUAAUAUGAAUAAAAUUAUUACCUGAAAUGCAGAAAAUCGUGUUUAGGAGGCCUGAGUAUAAAAAUGUUCUUGUGGUUCAUGCCUUAAGGCCUGUAGAUGAGCUCCCCCCCCCUUGUUAAAAAAUUAUGACAACACCACUGACACAUAAACGCAUGACAACCGUCUUAUCAGCCUCAACACACGAUUCCAUUUCGUGAGUAAAACAUUGCUAGGGCUACUAUGGCAAACAAAUCGAAAUAUUCUACUUUCGCCACACAUGAUUUCUUUCGAGCGACAUUACACCAAGUACUUCGAUCUCCUGUACUGAAUUCUAUACUCGCGAUAACAUGUUGAGAAGAUCAACCAUAGAUAUCAACCUUCGUUAUAGCCUUCAAUUUCAGAUUAAGCAAAAGCCAUUACACGUCUUCCUCUGCAUCUUACCGUUGCUGGUGAUAUUGUUACUAGCGUUUCCACCUCAUGCGAGACGGACGUGCUUUUAGAGCUCUGUUAAAUUGAUUUUAAGAACUUAAGAGUCCGUCUCUGUAAUUUCCGACCACUCGAUACUGGUUCAAAAAUAAACCCAGCCUUAAACUUUGUGUGUGGAUUAAGAAACCCUUGCUUAUCAUCAAUACAAAAGGGGUUUGUUUCAAAUUUCAAAAGAUUUCGAUAUUUGGGCAAUUUUACGUGUGUACGUCGAAGCACGAAAUUAGCAUCGCUGCAACACACAAAAAUUAGUCAUCUUUGUCACGUUCUCGCGCUCUCAAAAAUGAUUCAAUCCGAGAUAUACUCUGCAGGCCUGCAGUUUAUUACACUAGCUCAGCAUUUAUGAACUCAAACUUUGGAUGUCUUAAAACAACUUGGAGAUAGUGCCGACUAUAAAUACGCGGCUAAUCGACCGGGUGAAAAAGGAGCAUUUCUAAAUAUAUAUUUUCUCCAUACUGGCACAACUCUACUUAUCAAGAGUUGUACACGCUUAAUAAUUACGAAUAACAGCACUAGUUUCCGUAAAACAUCCAUGGCUAUCAUCACUGGGACAAAAUAAAACAAAUUUGAAAUGUGGGGAUUUUACAUACCUGCGAACGCUAGUUACGGCAAUUUACAUUCAUAAUUAUCCGCUACAAAUCGUAAAACAAUCGCACAUCAAAUAGCUCGGAACAGUGGCUAAUACUGCAAAAUGUGUUGAAGUCAAGUGUCAUUGUGUCAAGAUGUAAUGUGACACUGUAGAAAGUCUCGCUUCAUCAUCUCCACGUUUAUAGCCGUUUUAUUACAACUGUAGUUUUAUCUAUCUUCCAAAUUUGAAUCCACACAAAAAACAGGAUCCUCCAGAGUACAUAACAGCAUAACUGUAUUCAAAUGCAGGCUGGCUGUAUAAACUGUUCAAAGUCCAUGAUGUCCAUCUAAUUUGCAACAAAUUCAAAUAUUCAAUGCGACGUUUCAUAGCAUGUUGACAUUUGCGUUGUCUGAUAAACAAACUUGUCAGUUGCAUUGGCUGUGGCAUUGGUCAGUUGUCGCCAGUGCUUCCACAACCACGUCUUCAAAUGUCCUUUCAUGAUCAAUUUUAUAAUCUCAAAAUUUCUCUGCCACCGAAGACAAAAGAAAGAAAAUUCAGGCAAAUUUGAGUCAAUUUAUCACAACACAUGUUUUAAAAUUAAGUUGUACUGUAAGUACCAUCGAUGCAGCCCCGGCGCAAUGCUUGGCCCCAAGUAGGUCACAUCCAUUUGCGCUUUUGCAUAUAUUAAACAGCAAAGAAUCGACAGUAUUAAUCAAUAUAUAAAGCUCUCUGUUUUGACGCAGACGAGUCCACGCAUAAACUUCGAAAGUAUAAUUACAUUACCUGAAAUUUUAGACAAGCUUGCAAAAGGAAGUGGAAGCACUGAGGACAGUUCGUUAAUAUCCUUUAUAGCAAUGGCUAGUUCUAGUCAAAGUUCAAACUGUGGUUUCUAUAAUAUUCACGAAAAAGCAUGCGGAUUUUCCAGUUUAAGUAAAGCGAAAGAUAACGUAUUAUUGCAAGACUGCACAAGCGAUAUUUCAAAGCACUUGGCCAACUGUCACUUACCUAAGUCUUUACAAGAGUAUGAGGUUAUUCUAGCUCGUGCAGGGGUUUUUCGAUGGAGUAAAGAGUUCCUCGAAAACACUAUAAUUUGCCCUACUCACCGAGACGAAUUAGGAAAGUAUUGGCGGCCCUCCAAAUCUUGUCAGUACCCAAGUCACAAAGGAAAACCAAAACAACUGAAGGACACUCACGUCAUUAAUAUCAAGGUUGCCACAGAAAUUUUUGACUUGUUUGGAUGCACAGUUCCAAUCGGAUCACGUAAGUCAUUAUUCGUUUGCGCACCUUCAUACUAAAAUACGACUUUCUUUCUUAUUUUUGAGAGUUUGAUUUUGUUCACAGCAAUUUGCUCAACAUGCAGACGAAGUCAUGGGGAGUCAACAUGGAAAGCAGAAGAAGGUAGAAAUCAAAGAAGGGCAUAUGAAAGGUUCGUUUUAGCAGUCGGAUAAAUUAAUAUUUAGGUCAACCAAUUUCGCGCUGCGGAAACGUGCAUCAAGGUUCACCACAAGCAUCCUGUAGUGAAUGUCUCUCAAGCUUGAACCUCAGCUGGUAUAUAUGGGUACACUGUACAUUUGCCAUAUUGAAAAUUAUCUUUGUUUUUCUUGCAGAGCAACAAACAGUCCAGAUGCGCGGAAUCUUCCCGAUAUAUCAAAACUUAGUGUUUCAACAUAUUCUGAAAGUAGUGCAUGGACACCUGGUGCAUUUUUUAGACUUACCUUGAGCAGUGAUGAUUCACAUGAAGACCUUUCAGCCACUGGUGCACUAGAACCUUUCAAUGAAACAAUGGAAAAACUGGCUGAACAUACAUCUAGAGAAAUUACACCGUUGAAAUUUCAACUAACCAGUAUGUGGGACGAAGCAACACCCGAUGAAAAGCAAGCAUGCUUGGAGAAAGCCGAAGAGGCAUGUAGGGUUGUGUGUGAUAUAAUUGCUCCUGCGGACGGCUCAAGUCUUUAUGACUCACUUCUGAUUGAAUCAGACGGGGAACACAUCUCAGGUGACCUAGUUGCCUUAAUGACUGCAUUUGCAGAUGCUCCAACGCGUAAGCUGAAACUACAAAUACUAAGUAUAUAUGCAUACCGAUAUCCAGUAAACACACUGAUUAAACUUCACGAGCCAUACGGAGGAGUUUCAAAAUGGCAAAUCAAGCAAGCACGUGCCCAUGCAAAGUUGAAUGGACCAGGAUCAAUUCCGGAAAAGACUAUUUCCCACAGAGUGCGUAUCGAUCAGAGUAAACUUGACCAUUUCCUUUCUUUCAUUAACCGCCCAUAUUUCUAUCAGGAUGUUGCAUUUGGUAUGCGUACGAUGACAUUGAACAGCGGGGAGAAAAUCGAGAUGCCUAAUAUCAUCCGCACGGUCUCAAGAUCAACUAUAGUAGCACAGUACCAAAAAUAUUGUGAAGAAGAAAAGUUUGUACCGAUUAGUAGAUCGACAAUGUUUAGGAUCUUGGAGGUACGAGAAGCGUCGCAGCGUAAAUCACUAAGUGGGUUGGAUAAUACAGCGACUGAUGGAGCUAUGGGAUUUUCAACAUUGGAGAAUAUCGUUUCUGAGUUGGGUCAAUUUGGUGCUGACAAGAGAUCGGUUGAAGAUACGACGAAGAUCCUGCGUGAUAGUAAACAGCACCUUAAAGUCAAGUACCCCGUUGAUUGCACAGAAGAAAAUGGCAGUCUUUGCAAAGACCACUGCAGGAUGUAUGCUCUCAGUGAUCCCAAAGAUAAGGAACUACAACAAACUUGUCCUCAUGAGCAUUCAAUGAAAUGUGAAGAAUGUGAAAAUCUAAAAUUUGUCAUCAAAGAUAUUGAAGAAAAAGUCGAAAACCUGUGCCAACAUUCCAGCAUGACAGAAAGGCGGGAAGAUAUGCUCUACGACCUAAAACAGGCUGCAAAGGAUAUUUUUGACUGGAAGUCUCACAUAUUGCGCUCGACCAAUCAAGAGAAUGGGAAGCAGGACGCCCUUCGGCAACUCGAUGAGAAGACAGUUCUAGUGGUCAUGGACUGGGCCAUGAAGUUCCAGCCGAGAAAAUAUCGAGAGAAACAAUCUGAAUGGUUUGGGAAACGUGGGUUGUCGUGGCAUGUUAGCAGCGUUAUUUCAAAGCAUGAUGACACAUUGAGCGUGCAGUCUUUUGUUCACUUAAUUGACAAUAGUAACCAAGACUGGUUUUCAGUGGCGUCAAUUGUAGAAAAUCUUCUUCAGACAGUGAAACAGGAAAACCCGCAGAUAACUAAAGCAUUUUUAAGGUCGGAUGAAGCGGGCUGUUAUCACAACAAUAUGCUGAUUUUAGCGUGCAAUGAUCUUUCUCAGUCAAGUGGUGUACAGAUUGUAGGGUAUGAUUUCUCUGAGCCGCAAUGUGGAAAAGACAUUUGUGAUAGGAUUAUUUGUCCAAUGAAGUCAACUAUCAAUUCUUUCUGCAAUGAGGGACACAACAUUCUUUCUGCCGUUGACAUGCACACUGCGUUAAAAGAACGACCGGUAAAAGGAGUGACUGCCAGCGUUGGAGUGAUCGACGAAUCUAAAAAUACUUUCGACGUUCAAAAAAUGGACGGAUUCAGCAAAUUCCACGACUUUCGCUUUGAAAAAAAUAAGCUAAGAGUCUGGAGGGCUUACGGUAUCGGAAAGGGUAAAGUAGUUAAAACUAAAUCUCUGUACAAAAAUCGCCUGGUUCACCCUUCUUUACUGCACCUGUCAGAUGAGCAUGGAUUCUUUCCUUGCAAAAGUAGAACAAUGGACACAAAGGAAGAUGCAAAGAAGAAUGAAGAUCAAGAGAUUCAUGUAUUUGAUUGCAAUGAGCCAGGGUGCGAUAAGUCGUUUGACACAUUAUCUGAUCUGGAACUCCAUCUAG